AUGGAAGCUAAACACGGUAACAGUGUUAGAAGAAAGCAAGCGCAUGAACAAUGCUACAGUCCAUGCACGAGUGGGGACGGCGAAUGUGAUUUAUGUUGUGUUCGAACAAGUGAUAUAUACUUUGGUAAAUGUAUUAGUAGCAAAUGUCAUUGUUUGGUUAAGACUGAAAUAAUCUAA